AUGCCAGAGCUAUCUCAGAGCGAUGAGGAAGAGCUACUAGCUAUAAGCUUUGCUGGGCUAUUUGACUUAGAGAGGGUGCACGCGCCGAACGGGAUAUAUCAGUCGCUUCCGGCUGGGGAAAUGGGUCUCUCAGAUGCGAGUUUCUGCUCGAGCGGGCUCGGCGGUAGCGCAAUGGAACCCGAGAAAAUGGACCUGCGCGAGGAUGAAGGCAGACCAAGGAUCAGCGGCAAUUCUGAUGGAGGACUCAUCGACAGCAGGAAUGUCGAGUAUGAGAUACCGGUCUCUUCGAAACGACAAUCAUUAUUUCAGAAGUUAUUUGGACGCAAAAUCCCACUAGGCAUAUCGCGUUCACGAUCAACGAAUAAAGGCAAAAAGCUCUUGAAGCGCGCAAACAGCGUACGUUUUUCUUUCGUCACUAAAUAUUCCCGAGAUAGCAGGGCCACCGCCACUGCCCGAAACAGCACGCUUCCGGAGAACGACAGUCAGAACAACAGUUCUUCCACUGUCCAAGAUGCAGAGUAUAUCGCCUUGCUACGGGGAACGCAGGACAUAUUCGUUCACAUGCAGUACAUAUCAGGUGGGGUAAUUGUGCAUGACGUCUCUGGUCGACAACGAAUUCUCCAUGUUGACGAGGUAGCUAAACUGUUUCUGCAAAUGAAAGAAGAGCUUUCCUCAACAGCAGCCUGGUCCCGAGCCCUAACAGCACGGCUCCGAGGAGAAGCGAUGCUCAAGCAAGGCAAUUCGCAAGGAGCAAUCAUGGAAUUCCACGAUGCCGUGAAACUCCUCGCUGACACGCCUGGCCUUGACAUCGAAAAGCAGACGCGGGCGUCUAUUCUACGCUCCAUGGGCAAAGCAUACCAGGCUCUAGAGAUCCCCGCGGAAGCAGAAGCGUGCUAUCUUGAGUCGUUAGGCCUCUACAAGCGCGUUCUAGGCCGCGAUCACCCCAAGAACUUCGCCGUUCUCCAUGACCUGGGCAGCCUCUGCGAGAAAGACGGCUACGCCACUGAAGCCGCAGCGCUAUACGAGCGUUCCUUCGCAGGCCGACUCAAGACGCUAGGCCACAACGCUCCAGAAACACUAAGCAGCAUGCAAGAUUUAGCCUCACUGAAGGUUCUUCUCGGUGACCUCGAAUCCGCCCUCUUACUCCUUGAAAAGGCCGUGCCAGCCCUAGACACAGUCUUUGGACUUCAGCACGCCACAACGCUCAACGCAAUGAACAAGCUCUCUUUAUUGUACCAAAAGCUCGGCCUGAAAAAAGAAUCACGUACUAUCACCACCCGCACUAUCCCUCACUGCCGCACCGUAUUCGGCCUUACGUCCCAAAUCACCCGCGACACCCUCCUCCGAUACCUCCAGACCACGAAGGACGAUUUCGACUUCCCACCGGACAUACAGGAGAUCCUCGAUGCUUACCAGCGCUCCCGCGAUGCCGAUUGUCUGCGCGUCAUCCACCGAUUGGGUCGAUUAUACAUGGAUGCCGGAUUAAACCGCGACGCAGGAGCUCUCUUCGAGACACUCGUCGAGGACUUCCUUGCUGUGAAAGGCCCCGAAGCAGCAGAGACAUUCGACGCGCUCAGCGCGCUGUGUGUCUCACGCGAGCACCUAGACUCUGUGGAUAAAGCGAUGCUUGCAUACCGGCAGCUUGUGCAUAUGGCGAAACGCACGCCAGACGGUCACCAGUCGAGGAAGAGGAUCGGGUAUGCCGAGAAGAGAAUUGCAGAAUUGAAUCGCCGCCGCGAGAUACUUGAGACUGAGAAAAGAGAAUGGGGGCUAAUGGAGCCGGGGAGAUGUAUGGGGUGUGGUGCAAGUACCGCGGUGCUUUGUAGCACCUGCAACAUCGCGCGCUUCUGCAAUGACACCUGCGCAAAACAAGUCCCCUCGCACAUCCAUCAAUGCAUCCCCUCAGCAACCCUCCGACAAUCCAAAUCCCUCGCGGUGAAACCCAAGUGCCCAAUCUCCACGCGCGAUCAGGCUCUCUCGAAGGUCAAUCACGCCAACCUCGACCCAAGCAUUCCCGGAUCAAACGUGGCUAUCGGGCUUAGCAUCAAGAAUGUCACCGUAACAGCAAGCCACACGUUCUACCUGGACCCGCGCAACUUCACGACGUUCCGGAUGAAGUUGAGAAACGACGUCAACACCGUCGUGCUGUUCUCGCUGGAUAGUGAUGUUGAGUGGACGGUGCUUACUACAGAAUCCAUGCCAGAUACAGGAGGUAGAACAGCAACAGCAGCAACAGAACAGCCAAGAAGACGGAUCUCAUUCUCGAGACCGACGACGUCGAGUAAGAGGAAUGUUCCAGCGACAUUGAACCCUACAGCUAUCCCAUCAUCAUCACAUUGCCAUUCUCACGCGCAAACACCACAGCCGCAAACACAAACACAACAGCAGGAGCUCACCUGGCUCACCCCCCAAACCCAAGCCUCACUCUCCCACACGCCCAUCCCAUCCCCCAAGUCGAACACAAACACAAACACAAACAACCCCACACCCUCCCCCUCCUCUUCGCCCUCAAAAAACACCCCCCAACCCCCCACCACCAACCCCGAAAAAUACCUCCUCGUCAAGCCCGGCAAAGAAAUGCUCAAGUCCCUGGUGGACAAGCGUGCGCGGGUGCGCGGACCCUCUUCUUCUCCGCUUCCGUCCUCGGUGGGUGUAGCCGUGUCUGGGACACAGACGCAGACGCAGACGCAGACGUAUCCGAGCAAAGAACUCAUCGAGUAUGCGCAGGGUUUACUGCUCACGGGGUAUUUGGGCGAGGCGUUCAUGUAUGUUGUGGAGUGGGCUUGGAAGUAA